UAAAAGUGAAAUUUUAACAUGUUACUUUAACGAAAAAAACAAUGAGAUAGACUAUCAGAGUCAUGAUUAUUCAUACGCCAAAAAUAUAAUAAUUGACCAUCUUAAUGAUGAUUGUCUGGCUGAAAUAUUCAUGUAUGUUCCAGCAUGUGAAAGACCAAAAAUUGCAUUGGUCUGUCAAAAAUGGAAAAGAGCCCUUGAUACUUCUUGGAGUAAUGUCAAAAAACUUGAACUCACUCACUGGGAAUAUGAUGAGUAUCCAACUUGUUUAAAGAAAUAUCCAACACUUGAUGGACAAUUGAGCUUUUUGAAAACACUGAUAUAUAAAUGUGGUCGUUAUUUAAAAAAAUUAGACUUGACAGCUUAUGGUCAUUGUAACAUAUUGCCAGUUAUUAAUGAAUAUUGUCCCAACCUUGUGGAACUUCGAUUGAGAUUCACCUUCAUUGACCAUGUGUUAUUAUAUAAUGCAUUUUCACGUCUGUCUAAGCUCAAAGUAUUAGCAAUUAUAUUUCAAAAUUUCUAUUAUAAGUUUGUACCUCAUAUUUUAAUCUACUCAUUAAAAAAUGUUGCUGAUACAUUGACUGAUUUGAUUCUGUUAAAUUGGAAAGAAAAAGAGCAGGACUCCUGCCAAUUUUCAGAAGAAACCAUUUGUGUGAUUCGUGAAUUGAAGGCUUUGAAAAGAGUUGAUAUUAGUGGUAUAUUAUCUACUCAAGAUAUUCACGAAUAUCUGUAUGAUAAGAUGUUAGUAUAUACUGUUCAUGACGUUUACUUGCGCUCAGUUGAGACGAACCAGUUCACAAAUAUCAAGAAAUUACGUUUGGAUAAAUUGAAAACUACAGAUGAUGGUCUGUAUACAAUUGCCAAUAACUUGAAGCAAUUAACAGUUUUACACAUACAGUGGAAUGGUAUAACUAAUGUUGGUAUUGCAACAAUUUCAAAGAUGAAUUUAGUAAUUCUUUCUUUUGCCGGCCCUAAUAACGUUGUUGAUUCUUCAUCAAUCAUCUUGCUUAAAAACUUGUCGGCAGUAAAUUUUUCAUGCAGCAAUAAAAUUACUGAUGAUGCAGCCAUGAAAGUUCUUGAAAAUUCACCAGCGCUAAAAGAAAUUUAUCUUGUGGGAACAAGUGUAACUGUUGAAUUUUUCAAAAGAGCAGCAGAAAUAUCAAGCAAUCGAAAAAUACCUUUGCAUAUAGGUGUUUCAUUCAAGUUUGAUGAAAAAAAAUAUGAAUCGCCAUAUUUAACGAUUAAGCAAUAUUGCUAACAACAGACUAUUAAUAUAGUAUAUAUAAUGCUAGAUUAAUAAAAUAAUUGAUUGUCAAUUUUGAAAUAUAACAUGACAGUACAUCAGGUAAAUGUAACUAUCAUAGAUUUAAGAAAAAAAGA